AUCAAUAAAUCUGUCUAUCCAUCCAUCUGUGUAUCUCUAUCUGUUAAUCAGCGCAUUAUAGGCAUAUUGACGUGUUUCACAAGUUCAGCUGUGCGCAUGCGCAUCCGAACCUUUCCGCCUAGCCCUCGGUGCUACAUGCACUUCCUCAUUGGCGGAGAGAGCAAAGUGUUCUCACCCCGGCGACGUUUGUGUCAGAAAAAGCUACACCACGGGUUUUGUUUUCAUCUUUUUGAGCCUCGCAAAUGUCGAAGCCACCCCCGAAGCCGGCCAAGCCAGGCCAAGUCAAGGUGUUCCGAGCGCAAUUCACCUUUGACCCCAGAACGCCAGAUGAGCUGUUCUUUGAAGAAGGAGACAUUUUGUACAUCUCUGACACAACUGACAGUAAUUGGUGGAAGGGGACAUGCCGAGGAAGGACAGGACUCAUUCCAAGUAACUAUGUGGCUGAGCAGGCGGAGUCUAUCGACAACCCAAUGCACGAAGCAGCCAAACGAGGCAAUCUGAGCUGGCUGAGGGAAUGUGUGGAGAACAAGGUUGGAAUCAAUGGGCUCGAUAAAGCGGGGAACACGCCCCUGUACUGGGCCUGCCACGGAGGACACAAAGAAGUGGUGGAGGUGUUGCUAAGCCAAACCAACGUGGAGCUCAACCAGCAGAAUAAACUUGGGGACACCGCUCUGCACGCUGCUGCUUGGAAGGGUUACUCUGACAUUGUGGAAAUGUUGCUGACCAAGAAUCCGAAUACCGACAUCAGGAACAACGAGAAUAAGCUGGCCCUGGAGAUGUCCACCAACCCAAUGUGUGCUUCACUUCUCAAAAAGAAGCAGGGGAGCAGCGUCACGCGCUUACACAGUAACGCUGAAGAGUAUUUGGACGAUGAGGACUCGGACUGAGCCGGGCCGGGUCGAACCGUCUUCACUGUGUUCCAUCUGGUUUUGGGGAGGGAGGGAGGAGGGAGGGAGGGAGGGAUCGUGGA